AUGGCAUUUCUGUCUUUGUGGACUUGGGCCUUUCUGAGUACCAUUGUGAUAACCGACAUUCUUGCCGCUCCAAAUCCAAUAUACGGAAAUAAUCAACGACGCCGCUCAUCUUCCAGUGGAAAUCGAGAUUUUAGAGCACCAAGAUUACGAGUUGGACUUCCUCUAGAAAAGAUCCCACAACAUCAAAAUGUUAACUCAGCCUCGUCUUUACCAACCAAACAGAUCGUUCAAGCUCAAAGUUACAAAACCACACAACAAUAUUCAUUUCCAUCGAAACUCAUGCCACCAGUCAAAAAUCAGCCACUUCAAAGUUUCACUCCAAAUGAUCAGCCACUAAACCAGCAGACACCACCACCAAGUGAUCAGCAGAAACAGACAGCCGUAAAGGACAAAGACCAGACGGCUGACACUAAUAAUUGUAGGUGUGGUUGCUGCUGUGGAUCAAAUAAUAAUAAUAAGAAUGGAGGAGCUACAAACAACAAGGACAAAAAUUGUUGUUGUUGCUGCUGUUGCCAGCCUUGCUGCGGUUGCCAGUCUUGUGGUUGUUGCUGCCAGCCAUGUUGUUGUUGUCAGCCAUGCUGUUGUAAUUGUUGUCAUCAAGACGUUUGCCAUCACCACAAACAUGAUCACGAAUGUUGCGUGCAUCACGAUUGCUGUGUGCAUCACGUGCAUCAUAUCACUCAUCAUUGCCCCUGCCCCAGCGUACAGCAGUGCUGUUGCGGAUGCCCACAAUCUUGUGGCUGCCUUCAAACUUGCGGCUACCCACAAUCUUGUGGUUGCCCUCAGACUUGCGGCUGCUGUUGUCAGGGGUGCGGUUGUGGGAUCCCAGAGCCUCCUUGUGAUGUCUGUGAAGUUCCCUGCGGCUUUCAAACUCCUUGUACCUGUGGGUUAUUGGGAUGUGGAUGCUGUUGAGGGCCUAAACGUAAUUGUCCUAAAUGUAAUAACAUUUGGUCCUAAAUGAAAUAAAAAGUCGUGAAUUUAAUAUCAUUUAGUCCUAAAUGUAAUAAGCCUUUAAUGCAAUCGUUUGACUCGACCAGUGCAUUGUUGUUAUAGCCACAUUGAGAUGUUAAAGUGAUAGCUGUUGCACCAAAAAGUCCUCUGACCAGUUUUCGUAUAACAUCGCAGAUUCGCGGAUAUCAAUCAGCGUCUUUUUAUUUGUUAGACAGAAGUCGACAAGCCUUCGCUGCAAACCGUUAUACUAAUGAACAAUUGGCAUCAAACCAUAGCCGGCAAAACAAUUGCUUAGGGUCAGUAACACAAAAGAUUGAGUUCUUAUAGCAACGAAGUUUUGAUUGGUUAUAAUAAAAAUAGUAAUAAGUGCGGAUCCGACUGAAAAGCAUUUCACGAACCCUAGCAUUAUUGUGGGAUAGGUCUGUGACCCAUGAAGAUCGUGAGAACUCCGAAGGGAACGUAAAAUCCUAUGUUUUAGCAGACGAUGUCUAUGAAGCCCUGCUCGACCUUGUUGUAGGCAAGGCGCAACCAUCAGUGAAAGAACGGACGAGAGCAAUUCGUGCAGCUGCUGUGCAAUACUGGAGACCCGGCGGAAGGAUAUCAGUUAAAAAAGACCAUGUUGGUAAAGCGCUAUAUUACGAGGGGCGUCGAAUGUUAAAAUCAUCAGAGGUUAACAUGUUUUCAGCCGUUUCCUUUCGCUUUGUCCUCUGGAAAGUAAAUCAAGCCAGGUAAUUACAAGUGAACUGGGAUGUAUUUAUAUAGAGCAUGGAUCGCCAGAAAUAAUCCAGUGCGACCAAGGAGGGGAGUUCAAGAAAGCCCUGGAAACACUCAACUAUCACAUGAAUAUAAAAUUGAUUUACAGUUGCCCGCGCCAUUCCAAUCACAAGGCAAGGUAGAACGUUGUCACGAGACACUAAGAUCCAAGAUGGAAUAAGACCUUCAAAAAUGGGUCAAGACGGUGUUAACUGGGCGAAACAGCUCCCCCUUUAUCAUAGAAUUCUAAAUAACGACCCCGAGGGAUUGAUUGCUUACAAAACACCAUUCGAGAUAUACUUUGCACGACUUCGCUUGAAUCUUCCCUCAGCUUACAGCAUCGGAGAAAAAAAUUAUAUACGUUUUAGAGGGAAACCAUCGAAUAAACGGUAUGUGACGGAGGGUUGUAUCGUGAAACGAAAGGUUAAAUUGCAUACCUAUAGGGUUUCAUACACCUCACCGCUUUCAGGAAAGGAAGAGUGGAAAUGGGUCUCUGUGGACGAUGUCACAAGCUUUACACUAGAGCGCAAAAAACAGAAAUAAAAAUACGCUAAGCUGUCUAAAAAUAAAACAUUUACCACCAGAAAAAGUAUUACAUGCCUAUGAGAAGAGACGAUUAUGCAAAGGCUAUUAAAAACCAGGGUUUUAAAUUGGUUAACAAUCCUCCUGGAGAUUUCAAUUACCAACUUGCUGCACUAACGCACCAGGCAAAAAUACAUUUUAAGAUCUCCUGAAACCAUGAGUAUCAUGAAUAAAAUAGUAUCAUCCUUAAAAAGUAAUCCGUACGAUAGCGAUGGCUUCCCUUUUUUGGAUCAUUUGGCAGAUGAUGAGUUCGCUUCCUGGGACGACUAUACAACUCAUAUGGCGCGAGAUGGAACCUAUGGGAGGCCGAUUACGCUGUAUGCAGGAGAUGUAGCUGAGGGACUUACUCAUAGUAGCCGAAAAAACGAGACGGAGCUUGAAUAUUGCAAAGUGAAGUCGACAGUGGCAUAGCCAAUGAUGGUGAUAAGCUAAUGGAAGUUCAGCUUGUUUCAGAUGUAUACAUCGACUUAUAUUCUGCGACGAGCUGUAAACCAGCUUUAUAUAGUGUCAGCCACGUUGAUAAUAUUAGUACGCGAGGGGAUGACGAAUGUCACAUUGGAAAUCUUCCCAACGUAGAUCUAGAAAUAAAUCUUAGAAAUAGUUUUAAUGUAGAAAACAAAGAGACGCUGAUUAAUAUCAGCGAGCCCGCAAUAUGCAAUGAAUAUUGGUCAAAGGAUUCUUUUUUCCAACAGCUGUCACUUUAACAUCUCAAUGUGGAUGUCCGCUAUAACAACAAUGCACUAGCGCAGUCAAACGAUUGCAUUGUAGACUUAUUACAUUUAGGACCAAAUAUUAUUAUAUUUAGGAAAUUAUUACAUUUAGGAUCAAACAUUAUUACACUUAGGACAGUUAUUAUAUUUAAACCUUCAACGAAUGCUCUGGAUGCCCGCUGUAAGCCAUACCUUGUGGUUGCUGUGGGUAAUCUCGGUGGCGUUCGAAAUGAUCUCUUUUCUUAUAAAGAAGGAAGUUUGAGUAUUAGUGAGCACUUUCAUUUUUGUUUUGAAGUCCCUCUCCUCCUUUUUGUUUUUUUUUCGUAUUCUAGAGAGAGGUAUUCCAGAAGAAAAAGGGUAGAAAGAAAAGAGAGCAGUUCAGCGUCAACUUAUUCUUCCACCUGGCUACCUUUUCUUAGCGUAUCGACGUGUAGAAUCCUUCAGUUUCUUCAAAAAGCAAGUUAAUCCAUUUUUAUUUAACUUUUGGUACAAAAUAAAUGUAAGGUUUAACACUUGUAAACAUAAAUUAAUUCAUUGUCUUGUAAAUGUGGUUGUAUUAGUCUAAGGAACCACACAGUGCAUGAUAAUUAUUUUUCUUCUAGCUCUUUUAAAUCUAGAGUUUGCUCAUUUCCUGCAUUACCUCUCUGAAGAGCGAGAAUUUCAAGAGGUAUCGCAACAGUCGCUGAUUACUUUAAAAGUGCGUUUUAUUUAUCAGGAUGAGUGAACUUUGCACUGAAAUUCAAAUACAUUUGUAUUGUAUAUAUAUAAAUAUUUUAAGAGGAAAAAAGGACGCAACUACAUUUUCCCGACAAGCCUGUUUCGUGAACCGCUUCACUCUUCAGGGGUUUAAUAAAAGAAUAUUCAUGUGACUACCGUGUAUAAACUAGGAAAAUUUACAUAAUACGCGGUAAACUUAAAAACUUUAAAGUUCAGCUGUUGCGUAGCAAUGCUUUCUUUCUGUGUCGGCAUGAAGAUACGAGUUCGUUACGCUUAUUUAGUGAUUAAACCCCUGAAGAGUGAAGCGAUUCGCGAAACAGGCUUGUCGGGAAAUGUAGUUACGUCCUUUUUUUCUCUCAUAAUAUAUAUAUAUAUACAUAUAUAUAAAAUUGAGUAAAUGCCCACCAUGCGCCAUAGUUUAACAAAACUUCGUUUGCAUAACUGGAUAGUAAAUACUGUUUUGCGUGUUCUGGUCUAGUCUAGUUUAGAUAAGUCUACUAUGAUCUAAUCUUCGUUUUUCCCGGCUUCAUCAGGUCCUAAACAAGUACAUCCUGUAGGAUUUCAUAUUACAGGUGUUUCUUUUGAUAUUAGCAUAAUCUAAAUGUGUAUUAAAGAACUACCAUUCUGAUUUUGGCUGAGCUGAGAUUGUAAAGGAUCUUCCCAUUUAAAGUUUAUAUAAAACCCAAAGUUCCAUUUUCCAAUUGAAUGUAUCGACGGAUGGCACACGUUCAUGACGGAUGGCACGCUCCACGCUCAACUGAUACCGUAUGGUGUAUGGUUCUUGUGAGCUGCAAAGGAUGGUCUUCCAAAUAAUAGUUUAGCAGUUAAUACGAUAAAAUAAAUUCUCAUCAUGGAAUCACGUGAACGACGCUUCCAUUGACGGCGGCACGCAUUUAUUUGUAAUAAAUGAUGCUAAACAUAACUUUAUUCCAUAAUAGGUGCACUGUAUAUUUUUACCGUAAGCUCUCUUACGCAGACCAGUCCAAAAAAUUAAGUACCAGGAACUAACCUGCUGGGUUUAAAUUGGAACAAAUCACAGCGCCAAAUUAUUGAUCGAGGACUCGAUUUUUAGCGUUUUAGAAUGUUAAGGAACAAUGAAAAUUGUCUUUCUCGGCCUGGAAUAUCUUAAAUCGUUUAAUUCUUUCUACUCCUUUUUUUUGCCAUUAACACGCUACACUAAGAAACUAUUCCUUUAAUCGCCUUACUUGGCAGCCAACCCUUACGCAAAACUGAAACAGCCUCUUCUGUGUUUCUUUUUUCUAAUCGGAAAUGUUCGUAUUACCUAUCGCAACGAGCGACAUGCGAAAUAUACUUUUUGAGUUGAUGUCAACAAGUUAAAACAAGGUGAAGAUUCACCCCGCAACAUAAUGGUUAAAUACCGAUACAUUUGCGAGGCAGCGUAAAAUUGUCACCUUUUAUCUGCACCGUCACCUCUUCAAUUAAUCACUUAAUCUAUAUGGUCUCAACUACUUAUAACACUAACCUUGAAACAGUAGAAAAGAAAAGAGAAAUUCUCAAGCUGUUUGUGUGUGUUUUCUUCUGAUUUAAUUAGUAACUCGCAAAAAAGAAAGUUGAUUAUUCUUCAUAAGGAGAAAACAUCAAGCGAACUUGUACUCGCUGGUACCAGAAAUGAAUAUGCCAAUUAUCUCGGAAUAACCCAAUGGCGUUCACUAUCGUGUGAAUUCCAUGACAUGGUCUUUUGAAGCGUUAAAAAUAAAGGAGGAGAUUGGCGUUGAAUGGUGCUGUGAUGUAAGAUUUAUAAUUCACUCGAAUGGACACAAAUGCCCACAACAAAUUUAAAUGCAAAGUAUAAAUUUCGAGAUGUAUGGUUUCGAAUAGAAGCUCGGUUGUCCUAAACAUGGGACUUAUCUAGAAGGAUAUGAAACCGAAUAUCUUAUUGACUUCUUUACUUUCUUCUGUCAUAUUUUAUAAUGCCGUAAUCUCCGGAAGAAUAUUGCAUGGGAGUGAUAAAGGUACCUUGAGGAGUUAUUCAGGAUCGAUUGGAAAGAAAUAUGGUCACCCAAAAACUGGCGAUAAAAUUACCUCAAAGAGGACAUCAAGGAAGUUACCUGCGGCGGGAAGUUUGUUAAGGUAGGGUGAUUUCAUCCUGUCCCUGAUGUUCUACGACUUAAAAAUCUCUAUAGACUAAUUAGAACAAGAAAAAAUGUGAUUGACAGAAGAAGAGUGACAACAAACCUCUAAACGUCUUAUAAAUUGAAAACUAAAUUUGAAGAAGGCCUGAGUCAAAACAUCGUGUUAUAUCUAAAAGUCAAGAUGAUUAAACACGAUUUCACAUCGAAAUGAAGACACUGAGACCAUUGACCUGUGUCACACAAAGCAAUUUUUAGGUCUUUGAAAAAGUCAGGAAUGUUAUCCCUUUCUUGUUUGUAAAGAAGCAAAAUAAGAAACAAGAAGAUCUAUCUUUUCUUCCGUGAUCUGUGGAUCGUUAUGUAAUAUGUAGAACGUUUCAGCCCACGGGAAAACACUCAAACGGAAUGUAAUUGAAAAGGUUCAUGAUGAUGCACUGACUGAGCUUGAGAAAACUGGCCGAAGUCGAUAGAGGUAAAGGUUCUUGUGUACGAUCUUGACCCACAACGCUUCGAUCAAUACGGGAAUGUAAAAAGGUAACGGCAAACUGCCACUGAGAUUUAAUGAAUUGCUGGAUUUUACGCGAGAUCAACAAACAUCUAACCCUAUAGGAGCUACGAUGCUUUUAGUAUUCUGCCAGAGGCUAUGUGACUCUGCCUGGUGUGCAAACACUGCUGUACCGCGUUUAUGAUAACGAAGAAAGAGGUUUCAAGUAGGAUUUUAAUUCAAAAUAACUUACAUCAUCAUACUAACUCUACUGUGGCUUUUUACAUAAAGAGAGGAAUUUGGGACAUCGUUGACCGUCAAACAUGCUUACAAAUUAAUUACCUUUUCAUCAUUCAACAUCACGUUUGAGUCACCUUAAGCUUUAGCCCCUUUGAUCAGUCCGUGAGGUACAUGCAUUUCGUCAUAUUCGUAAUAAUGUCACUGUUCAGUUAUAAAUUAUCUUUACCAUCAUUCUGAAGGUUAUUUUUCAUUCCUUUUCCUAGACCCGAGUCCUUGCCUAAAGCAGCACAAAGUAAUGAUGUAGGAAAAAGUAAAGGAAAAAGAUAUGGUAUGAUUUAAAUGAACUUUCGUGUUAAAUCUUCAGCACGAUAAUCUCAUAGCUUUAAAAAGUUUGAUGAAGAAAAUAGUGUGCAACUGUGGUUGCUUGUAGGUUAUUUUAACCACAAAAUUGUGGCAUUUUUGGGAUCUGGUUCAUUGAAUCUCAAUGAUGACGAUUCGAACUUUUUCAAUCGCUAAUACACUACUUGGUUGAAGGCUAAAUUUCUUUUUUCAGGGUGCUGCAUUUGUCAUGGUUGUCAGCCUUGUGUUGGCGGCUGUAUGCAAAAUUGCGAUUGUUGUCACCAUGAGUGCGAUGAAGGUUUGUCAAUUUUUACCCGCAUGACAAAUAUUGUUACAAUUUACUGUCGAGUUGGACACUAAGUGCAACUGUUAACGAUUAACUGAACGCAUGCGGCAUGAAAUUGAUAAGCUCUGAAAAAUAAAACAGUGUAGUAGAACUUGAUACUGUUCUUAGAAACUAUAGAGAGGAAUUCAUAGAAAGGAAGUCUGACUGGCUUUAAACAGGAAUGCAUUGUUUCGUACAACAUCUGUGAUACUUUUCAUUAAGUGACUGCAGUUGGGUCGGUAACAGAGCAAGUAAUUAUUUUUACGCCCAGCGGAGGGAUGUGAAGUACACCAUUUUAACUCUCCUAUUGUAUACACUCACUUAUAAAAACAUCAUUUUGAAUUUAUAGCUCGCUGCCGGUCAAAACUUUUGCCUAAGAUGUUAUAGAGAAAGGACCACUUAGUGUUUAAUAUAAGUUAAGAUCAAGAUAAAUCAAAUCGGAUGAUCAAAACACGAAAAAGGAUACUCCCCUAGAGCUUGAUUUUUAAACAUCAACGAGUCAAGUUGAGCAUUGAUGUGAUAUUUGGAAACCACCUGUUUUUCUAGGCAGUAUUUUUAGAUAAACCUGAACAGUAAAAGUGGAUAUACCCACCAAACAAUACAAAGUCAACAAAAUUAAAGGCUCAGGUAUACAACCCCUCGGGGACUUCUUAAGGCAACGACUAAUACAAAACCAAGUCACACAGCAACAUCAUACAAGGAUGUUUUGAAAUCAUCUCACGCAACUGACACACAAUAAUUUCCUGCAUCACAUCGCCCUUAACAAGUAACAAUCUGAACACAUAAACUGACAUAAGUCUUGUCAGUCCUAGUUCGCUGGUAGCAGAUGCUAAGGCCAGAAAAACAUUAGUUUGCUCAGAAUUUAUUGAUAAUAUCUUAUUUUGUUCUUUAUCUGUUCUCCAUUCUUCAUUUAGGCUGUUGGUGUCCUAUACCGGGUGCUGAGGAAGCCCCCAAAAAGAAGCCCGCAGAGGAGCCAUGUUGCUGUCCUUGUUGUUGCCCAUGUUGCCCUGUUCCAAGUUGUCAGCAUUGUUGUCAUCAUAUUCAUCAUCACCAUCAUCAUUGCUGCCCUUGCUGUCCUUGCUGCCACUGCUGCCAUUGUUGUCACUGUUGCCCAUGCUGCUGCCACUGUUGCCACUGUUGCCACUGUAAGCGAUCUCAAGGGCCCCUGUCAACAACAUUCUUCAGAAGACCUCUCUUCUUGUAUCUGAUUACUCCCUAUCCGUCUAUCAGUGGACUUUACGAUAAAAACGCAAGGUCGCUGUUACAACAUGGGCCUUUACGUGUUCACUAAGCCGGUAGAUGGCUCGAUAACAGCAUUUUGAUGGUUGAUAAUUAGAAUGGUAUGAGCAGUAGGUUUAGUUAUUCGUGCAUGGUUACCUUCAGGUUUACAUCGUCGCGUUCCUCAAGAUGCACCGUUCUACUAAUAUGAUGCAGAAGCAUGUUAAUUGAGCCUUAAACUACCCGAACUUGGCACAUAUCUAAUUAUCGACUCGACGUGAUAAUAUGAGAUCAACCAUCGUACAUUUUCUCCCCCAUGUGGAUUGGGCUCGCUGGCAUAGUGACAUGGUCCUUUUGAGGGCACAAGUUGAUAAAUUACAUGUAAGAAAUCAAUAAAACGGCUAAGAGAAUAUCGGCACUUCAGAAUGUUUAUCGGUCUAUGCUUUAUCACCGAACCGACGCGUUUGCGAAAAAAUAAAAAGCAAAUUGUGUAACAAGGGAUUUCAGAGAAACCUGAUAAAAAGUGCCUAAAAACAUUUACUGAGUUCAACAGACAAUGACGUGUAUCACACGUGUUUCCGUUUUUACGAAUAUACGAG